AUGGGACAAAUCGAAUCAAGACCAAAUUUAGGAAGAACAUCCAGUAAAUCUGAAAACACAAACAACAAAGGGUUGCGCCUUCCAGUUGGACUGAAAUUUGAAGGUUCAACUUCAUAUAGCAACGGCUUGAUGCAAAUGGUAUUUUUUAUACCAAAACUUCGAAAUGCAGUCUACAUUGUUGCGAAUGGAAAAAAUGCAGAUAAGAAAGUAUCCUCCAUGCUUGAAGAAUUGUUUCGAAAAAUGGAUGACAGUAAAGGUCCGGAUGGAGAACACAAAGUACGAACCGACAUCCACGGAUUACAAGAAGGAGAAAGGGGAGUAAAACUGCUUACACUGAGUCCAAUUUUAUGUUUGUAUUCGGAGAGAUAUCGAAAAAAGUUUUUGGAACCAUACGAAUUUUCGAAAAAACUAGAACUUGAUGAAUUUUUGGACAUACCAGAUCCUAACGACAAGGCAACAUAUGUGCUACAUUCUUUACUCAUUCACAGAUGCAAACUCGAUGGUGAAAACAGUGAUGGCAACUAUCAUGCAUUUAUUGAUCCAAAAGGUGAUGGCAACUGGUUUGUUUUUGAUCAUGAAUUAGUAGAGAAGUCUGCUGAAGAAGAGAUGCUUCGAGAAGGAUUUGGUGGGGUAAUUGAUGGCCAGUUAUACCGUCCAUACUUCUUCUUUUAUAUCCGAGAAAGCAAGAUAAACGAAAUUCUAUUGGGAUAAAGAGUAUACAUUGAAAACUCAGGGAAUAUAAAAGAGCCGUUUUGUGCUUAUCUGUCGCUAGAAAUAUGCUGCACCCAAAGUGAUGCCACGCGAUGCCAAACUAUAUUAAAAAGAUGAUGAAAAAUUUGGUUGCGAUUUGGAUAUUCCUAAUUGGAUGGAUUUACA